CGGCGAUGCACAGUCGGCAAAUUCAAUGUUUGUCGAGAGAAAAACACAAAGCCUUCCACCCGAAUUUUUUCCGUGCAACGUUGCUUCUCUCUUUCUCCUUUUUUCUCCACAUUCUCGCUUGUCGUGGCAUUUUUUCCUCUCAACCAUCCGAACCAACACCUCCACCUGCUUGAAUCCCCUUGUCUUCGCUCGAUCGUUGCAUCAACACCCAACCAACCAAAGAUGGCCCGCACGAAGCAGACUGCCCGUAAGAGCGGCAACAUCGGCGCAAAGGCGCCCCGCAAGAAGCUCGCCACCAAGGCUGCCCGCAAGUCCGCCCCACUCUCGCAACACGGUGGCGUGAAGAAGCCUCAUCGCUUCCGCCCCGGUACCGUCGCUCUGCGUGAGAUCCGCCGCUACCAAAAGUCCACUGAGCUGCUGAUCCGCAAGCUCCCCUUCCAGCGUCUCGUCCGCGAGAUUGCCCAGGACUUCAAGACCGACCUCCGCUUCCAGAGCCAGGCCGUCGGUGCCCUGCAGGAGGCCGCCGAGGCAUACCUCGUCAACCUCUUUGAGGACACCAACCUCUGCGCCAUCCACGCAAAGCGCGUCACCAUCAUGCCAAAGGACAUCCAGCUGGCCCGUCGCAUCCGUGGCGAGCGCUCUUAGAGCAUCACCGCCACCACAGCCAGGCAGCCCCCAUCACCGCGCAUGACGUCCUCCCGUUCUUGCGGCUGCGGCAUUGCACGGCUUCAACGUCGACAAACUUUGUUGCGUCGUGUCUGUGUAGUUGUUCUGCCUGAUGCGAUGUGAUGCUCCGAUGCUCCGUUUCCUUUUGGUGAGUUUUUGUUUUUCUUUUGCCCUUGUUCUGUUCCGCUUGAGCGAUUGGCACACCCUUUCUCGCUGUGCCUUGCUUGCAGGACCUUGUACUUAAUGGCUUCUUCAUGUUUGGUGCAACCGUUGGCGCCCUUGUUUUUGUGUGGCUGCCGCACCUGCUCGUUCUUUGUCUAUGACUUCUGUUCCCGUGUUGUUCCCGCUUCUAACUGGUCCCUCUGAUUACUUUCUUAUCCCAUGCCAGCCAUUGCCCGCACCGACCGCGUGUGCGUGCCGGUGUGCUCCCCCCUUCCCACUACCGUAUCCAAAGUACCAUAUCCAUUCCACCACCCACCGUGUAACCAACUCAGAAAACCUCCUUGGUUCAUUCAUUCCAUCAAUGCCAAC